ACUCUCUCUCAUACCCUCUCUUUUUCGUUAACACUCUCUCUCUCAGUUUCUUGCUUUAUUCACCUCAUCUCAAAUCUUCAUUUCUCUCUAAACCUAUACACACAACCUCAGUGUAUCUAUAUACUACGAAAUUCAGGACAGCUUUUCUGCAGAGAGAGGCAGUUGAGCAGCUCGACGGAAUGCCGGUUGAUUUUCCGGCGAGAUUCUAGAGAGAAAGCUAGUAACAAGCACUAUUUCAGUCAUGUCGGAGCCAACAACAGUAAUUCUAGAGAGAGAAACCGACAAGUUAAAGCCGUUGAUUGUGAGUAAGAGUCGAUCUCAGGCGACGACGCGGCGCGUGACGCCGACGUUUUCGACCGGAAUUGUGACAACUUCGUCGGAGAAGAGGUUGCCGAACGGAGAUCUAUUUAUAGGAAGAUUCUCGGGAAACGUGCCACACGGAUCGGGAAAGUAUCUGUGGAAAGACGGGUGUAUGUACGAAGGCGAGUGGAAGAGAGGGAAAGCGAGUGGGAAAGGGAAGUUCUCGUGGCCUUCCGGCGCGACUUUCGAGGGGGAGUUCAAGUCGGGUCGGAUGGACGGGUUCGGUACUUUUAUCGGAUCCGACGGGGAUACUUAUCGUGGUGAGUGGGUGAAUGACAGGAAGCAUGGUUAUGGUACCAAAGGCUAUCGAAAUGGCGAUUAUUACGAGGGGAUGUGGAGGAAGAAUUUACAAGACGGAAAGGGGAAGUAUGUGUGGAGGAAUGGGAAUGAGUAUGUGGGGGAAUGGAAGAAUGGUUUGAUUAAUGGAAGAGGUGUUUUGAUUUGGAGGAAUGGGAAUAGGUACGACGGCAAUUGGGAGAAUGGUGUUCCGAAAGGGAGCGGCGUGUUUACGUGGCCGGAUGGUGGUUGUUAUGUUGGGAGCUGGAAUAAGGAGAGUGAGAAUAGGAUGUUGAACGGGACGUUUUAUCCGGGAGGUGGGAAUGGGGGUUGUAACUGGAAGGAGGAUAUGUUGAAGUUCAAUAGUAAGCUUGUUGCGCCUUUGAUGUUAGGCGACAAGGGGAGUGAUAUGAGAAAGAGGUCUUCGGUGGAAGGGAGAGGGAGUGUGGAAGGGGGGAGAGGGAGUAUGGAAGGCGGGAGGGUUUUUCCGAGGAUUUGUAUUUGGGAAUCGGAUGGCGAGGCUGGGGAUAUUACUUGUGAUAUUAUCGAUAAUGUGGAGGCGACUAUGUUGUAUAGAGAUGGUAAUAUGUUGCCGAGGGAUGAUGUGGGGAAGUUCAGGAGAAAUCCCUGUUGUUUUAAUAGAGAGGUGAAGAAGCCUGGACAGAUGAUUACUAAAGGGCAUAAGCACUAUGAUUUGAUGUUGAAUCUUCAAUUGGGCAUUAGACAUUCAGUUGGGAAACAUUCAUCUAUAGUUAGGGAUCUUAAGCCUAGUGAUUUUGACCCUAAGGAGAAAUUCUGGACUAGGUUUCCUUCAGAAGGCUCAAAGAUAACACCUCCUCAUCCGUCAGCUGAGUUUCGCUGGAAAGAUUACUGUCCUGUGGUAUUUAGACAUCUAAGAGAGUUGUUUCAAGUUGAUCCAGCUGAUUAUAUGCUUGCUAUAUGCGGAAAUGAUGCACUGAGGGAACUUUCGUCUCCCGGAAAGAGUGGAAGUUUCUUUUAUUUGACACAGGAUGAUAGAUUUAUGAUCAAAACUGUGAAGAAAUCGGAAGUCAAGGUGCUAAUUAAGAUGCUUCCAAGCUAUUACAAACAUAUUUGUCGCUAUGAAAAUUCACUCGUCACAAAGUUUUUUGGCGUCCACUGUGUCAAACCAGUCGGCGGAGUCAAGACGAGAUUUGUUGUCAUGGGAAAUUUGUUCUGCUCGGAGUAUCGUAUUCACAGACGAUUUGACCUAAAAGGAUCAUCUCAUGGACGAACAACAGAUAAACCAGAAGAUGAAAUUGAUGAGACUACCACCCUAAAGGACCUUGACCUAAAUUAUGUGUUUCGCCUCCAGCAGAAUUGGUACCAAGAUAUGAUUAAACAAAUUGAUCGAGAUUGCGAGUUUUUAGAAGCGGAGAGAAUCAUGGACUAUAGCCUAUUGGUUGGUCUUCAUUUUCGUGAUGACAAUACUGGAGAAAAAAUGGGGUUGUCUCCAUUUUUGUUACGAACAGGAAAGAAAGAUUCUCUUCAGAAUGAAAAGUUUAUGCGUGGGUGUCGGUUCUUAGAGGCAGAGCUACAAGAAAUGGAUCGUGUUUUAGCUGGGCGGAAACCACUGAUCAGAUUGGGAGCUAAUAUGCCUGCUAGGGCAGAACGAGUGGCUCGAAGAAGUGAUUUUGAUCAGUGUAAUCCUGGUAGCAGUGAAACGGACGAAGUGGUUCUGUACUUUGGGAUUAUUGACAUCUUACAGGAUUAUGAUAUAAGCAAGAAGCUAGAACAUGCGUACAAAUCAUUGCAAGCUGACCCAACCUCCAUAUCAGCUGUGGAUCCAAAGCUAUAUUCCAAGAGGUUUAGAGAUUUUGUGGGGAGAAUCUUUGUUGAAGAUGGGUGAUUUGGCGAACAUAAAAUUCCAGUCUGCAGAUGUCAAGAUUUAUGUUUUGAAUCUAGAGUAUCCGUGCAUCUAGAAUAUCCGGUUCGGCAAAGUGGGAAGCUUACAACUCGUAGCGGCUAGCACCAUCAGAAAACUAUACAAUUUUGGUUGUGGAGCAAAAGAUUAUAAAGCACUGAUAUAGUGCUUCGGCCUUGGGAUCGAACCCGAUAUUCUACUACUAGGACUGCUACUCAGUGGCUGAAUUUUGUGAAUAGCCAAUGGGGGUUGGAAAAGGGGGAGCUGGUGCCAUGUACAUUCAAAGGGGCAAGGGAAAAUUUAGUUAUGAGUAUUUUUUUGUGCAUCCUUUUAGUUUCUUAAAUUAUAUUGAUAACCAUGGAAUGCCAAGGUUUUGGAAAGGAUAGGAGUGGUGUUGGGAAUUGAGUAUAUGAUUCCCUGAAAAAAGAUUCAACAAAGAGUGAGUUGGAAAUAAGAAAGUGUACAGCUUAUAGAAAAGAACAAAAUUAUGAAGAGUAUGAAAUUUUGUUGGGUUA